AUGGAGUUCCUUCGGCAACUCAGCUCGUACAUUGGUGGCGGGCCCACCGAGGUCGAAGAGACGGAAGAGCAGCGCUUCCAGCGCGAGCGCCGCCAGGCCAAGCUGCGCAUGCUCAGCCGCAGCCAGCGCGGUGUGAUCCUCGAUGACCUCAAGGCGUCGGUGACCGAAGUCUUCCAGCUUCUCGCCGAGAGCCAAAAGCAGGUCAACCAAGCAGCGAUCGCGUCGUCGACGAUGGAGAGUGUUGACGACAACAACAAGAAGGUGCUCAUCCUCAACGAUGACAUCCCUGCCGUCUCGAAGCUCUGCGCGAACCUCGACCGGUGCUUCUCCCAUGGCCUCCGCCGGGUCGAGAACGACGAGUCGCAGAGCGUCAAGUUUUUUGGUCUGCUGAAAUGGACGUGUACGCGACUCGGUGCGAUCCAUCAGCAGCGCAUGGCCCAUGGCGUCGACGGGGCUGGCAGCGCCAACCUCUCCAAGCAAGCCGUGCAGCUUGCGACGUCGUCGCUCGAGCCCGAGCUGCCGCGCAAUGUCCGCGGUUUCCUCGCAUGCGUGCGCACGGCCAACAAUCUCUCCAGCGUCCAGCAGGACGAAGGGAAGGCGCGCGCGUUCAUUCGCCAAGCGCUCAACACGCACAUCUUUCUCGAGUGCAUGCGCGUGACGCUCAACGAGGCCAACGACGACCUCCUCAUGUCGUACUUUACCGAGUUUGCGCUCUUCCGCCAAAAGGAAGAAAUUGCGACCUUUCUGUCGCUUCUCGACGGUCUCGAUACGCUCUCGUUCGGCUUUAUGGUCAACGACAUGCGGCUCGACUUGUCGCCGGACAUCCAGCCCUUCAACACGCCGCUGCCGAAGCCUGUGCCGCAGAUCGCCGAGGCGCCGCCGGCCGAGCUCAUCGACCCCGAGGACAUGAUCCAGGGCCGCGUCCGUCUGUCGGGCGAGGACUACGAGUGCAACCUUCUUGCGAGCAAGCUCAUGUCGCAUCGGCAGCUCAACGCCAAGUUCGACACGUCCAACAACGGCAACCCGCUCGCCGCGGUUCUCAAGCGGGCCAAGACGAGCCAAGCGCUGGACGAUGCGACAUCGGCGGUGCUGCGCUUCCUCGAGAUUGGCCUGCCCGAGUACGACGUCUUUGGUGCGCCACUCCUCGAGGUGGUCUGCAACCCGUUCUUGUGCGGCUUGGCACGCUUCGACACGGCGCUCGGUCUCCCCGAUGUCGUCGAGGCGUGUGUGUGCUACCUGCACCGCAAGCUCGCGACGCCCGGGCUCUUUCAAGUGCACUUGGCAUCCGAGCACGUGCUGGACCUGCGUGACGCGAUCGAAGAGCUCGGCGGCUUCCACAAGAGCAUGGCGAUUGAUCCACACGAGGUCAUUUCGGUGCUUCUCCAGUACCUCUGGGAGCUUCCGGAAGCACUGCUUACUGAAGACCGCCUCGACGCGUUCAUUUCCCUUGGCAAGAACGUGAGCAUGGACGAAGCGACGCAGGUCAAGAGCCUCCGGACGCUCGUCAACGACCUCCCGUGGUACGUCAAGCCGCUCCUCGAGCGCCUCUUGCAUCUCUUUGCCCGCGCGUUUACGCCCGAAUUUCAACACAAGAGCGGGCUCGAACUGCACACGUUGGCGCUGCUUCUGGCACCGAUCUUGCUGCGCCCGACGCGCAGCUUUCGCUUCUCCGAGCUCGACGAACCAGCGUUCCGACGCUUUCCGCUCGCCGGCCACAUCCCCAUCAAGCACCGGUUCCCUACUAAUCUCUACAGCGAGUACCCAAGCGAAGAGGCUGAGCGCAUGGCGUCGGAAGUCCAGGCGCUGCGCAAGCUCAAGCAACAGGCCGAAGACGGCGCGCUCGUGCUCGAGCUCCUCAUCACGCACCAAGAUGACAUUAUGCGGGACAUUCGCGACGAGAUGGCGACGCAUCGGUCGUCGCUCGAGGUCAAGGUCGGGCACAUGGAGAAGGUUCGGUUGCGCCUCGCCGAGCGCAUCGACGUUACCAAGCCAUACCACCUGUCGCUGCUCCGGACGCUCUGGAGUGGACUCCUCCCGCUCGACGAGACCGCGCCCGAUUACAACGCCAACCUUGCGCUCGAGAAGGCCGAGUCGGUGGACGUGACAGCGCUCUUGCAUUCGUCGCGCUGGCUCGCAAGCGGGUUCCAUACCAAGGACCCGCUCGGCGGCUUCCGCGGCGGCGGCUUGCUCUCGCUCGAGUGCCUCGCCUUCUUCGUUCACGAGUACAAGGAAAAGGCGCAGAACAUGAUGACGCGCAACGCGCAGCCGGGUGGGAGUCGGUAUCCCUUUCCCGUCGCCGCCAUCAACGUCAUGCGCAUGCUCAUCAAGCUCCUCAUGCUGGACCAAGUGCCCGCGAGUAGCUCCAAGCUCAUCCUGCAUGCCGAGACGGGCGUCGACACGGUGUUGCAGAUGCAAGUGGCCGAGCGCGUCUCGCGCACGCCGUUCUGGAAGGUCUUUGACGAAGAGCAUGCGUUCGAGAAGCUCUUUUCCAUGUCCUUCAUGGUGCUCGACCUGCACUGGCUCCGAUCGGGCGCCACGCAAAUGGGCUUCAAUCCCGUGCUGGACACGACCCGCCGUCAAAUGGGCUGGCUCCUCGAGCAAGCGCCGCGGUCCAUCGAUGAGAUGUGGACGACGUGGAUGCAGGUCCGCGAGCAGCAGGUCAAGAAGGUACCUGCGUCGACGGCGUCGUCCUCGGCAGGCAACCCAUCCACGCAGACAGAGCACGACUCGAGCAUGUACGACGAGACAGCGAUGUUGGCUGAGAUGGCGCUGGACGAAGAGGCGCUCGCAGACCAAAUGAUGCUCAACCUCAAGCAGAAGGACAAGGACCGCAUGGCGAGCCAGGCCAAGUACCUCGAAGAGAAGCUGGCGGCGCUCGAGACAACGUCGUUCCCAGAGUACAGCGACGUGAACAUCGCCAAGCUUACAGCCCUCGACAUCAACGAGACGCUUGCAUCGCUCUAG